UUCUUGACCAGUCGUGUAAGUUUAUUUUAUAAUGUUUGUAUCAGUACUGGAUUUAUGCAGAGUCAGUACAGUAUCAGGCCUGUGCAUAGAUACACAGUAUUAUAUGUACAAACUGUUUGAUAUACCCGUGGUCACUUUCGUGACGAAUAGUUACAAGACAUGUUACUGAGGAAAGGCAUCGGGAUAUCCACACUCGUUCUCAACAACUUCAGACGGUUGUCAUCAGCUAGUUUUUCUUGUUCAGCUUCACGACAUGCAUCAUCUCUCAGUGAUAGGGAAGUGACUAGGCACGUCCCGUCCAGUACUCGGGUGGUCAUCUGUGGAGGGGGCGUUCUCGGAACGUCAGUAGCCUAUCAUCUAGCGGAAAGGGGCUGGCACGAUGUAGUCCUGCUCGAACAGGGCAGUCUGACGUGCGGUACGACAUGGCAUUCUGCCGGCCUGAUAGGACAGCUGGGGAAAGACGACAUAGAGGGGUGUAAACUGAUUGGAUACGGUCUACAGCUGUAUAAGGACUUGGAGAGGAGCCACGGCAUAGGUUGGAAACAGUGUGGAAGUUUACUUCUAGCUCAGACCAAGGACAGACUCGUCACCGUUGAGAGGAAACAUUCACUAGCCAAGGUUAUUGGUGUAGAAUCUCACCUGGUUACUCCAUCGGAAAUCAGCGACUUGUGUCCAUGGAUAAAAACAUCAGAUCUUCAGGGAGGUCUUUGGAUUCCGGGAGACGGCGUGGUGGCUCCAAACGACCUGGUAUACGCAUACAACAAUGUGGCUAAAUCCAAAGGGAUCCAGGUGAUGGAGGGAGUAAAGGUGGAGGAUGUUCUCUCUACGGACGGCAAGGUGACAGGGGUACAGACAUCGCACGGUCAUAUUCAGUGUGAAUACUUUGUUAGCUGCUCUGGGCAGUGGGCGCGCCACCUCGGGGCGAGGUCGACUCCUUCGGUCCAGGUGCCUCUCCACUCCAAUGAGCAUUUCUAUAUCGUGUCAUCAGCUAUCCCGAACAUGGAUCCAAUGAUGCCAGUGAUAAGGGACUAUGAUGGGUCUAUCUACGCUCGAGAGUGGAGUGGGGGUCUACUUGCUGGAGGAUUCGAACUUGAAGGAAAACCAACCUUCUCCUUUGGUGUGCCAGAUAAAUUUGAAUUCCAGCUCCUUGCCUCAGAUUGGGACCACUUUCAGGUCAUGAUGGAACCCAUUCUCAACAGAUUCCCAGCUAUGGAAACGGCUGAAGUGCGGACACUAGUCAACGGUCCGGAGAGUUUUACACCGGACGGGAACUGGGUUCUAGGAGAAUCAGCAGAGGUGAGAAACUACUAUAUAGCCGCCGGUAUGAACGGUUUGGGAGUGGUGGGGUCUGCCGGAAUCGGUAAAUAUAUAACGGAGAGUAUAGUGGACGGUGCCCCGGGCUCCAGUCUAGACGCUCACCAUAUCCUGAGAUUCAACAAGGUCCAUGGGAACAGACGUUUCUUGUUUGAACGCGUGAAGGAGGUUAUAGGUGCCUACAAACUACGCUAUCCGUACACUCAUUGGACAAAAGGGAGGAAGCUAAAAACAUCCCCCAUACACUCUGUGCUGGAGAGAGCAGGGGCCUGCUUCGGGGAUCUACAGGGAUACGAGAGGCCUUUGUACUUCAGAGAAACCAAAGGUGAGCCUUCCGAUCCGUAUCACCUAGAGGGACCAUCCUUCAGUAAGCCAUCAUGGUUUGACAACGUUGAAGCUGAAUAUAGAGCAUGCAAAGAUGGCGUCUGUCUUAUAGACACAUCGUGUUUCACCAUGUGUGAGGUUAAGUCUGACGGUGGUGAGGCUCUAGAGUACCUCCAAUAUCUGUGUUGUAACGACGUAUCAGGCCAGGCUGGUCACGCCACAAGGACAGGAAUGCUGAACCAACAAGGUGGAUACGUUGUCGACUGUAGCGUCGUCUCUCUAGCUCACAACAGAUUCCUUAUAACAGCGACCACGAACCACAAGCGGCGGAUGCUGGCCUGGAUGAAGCGCCAUCUCCCGCCGGACGGAACGGUUGAUUUGAUCGAAAAUGAUUCGUCCUUUUCGUCACUGACUGUCAUCGGGCCAAAUAGCGAAGCGUUGAUGGAGGACAUGUGUGACGUGUCUGUGCUGGCUAAGGACUUCCGGUCAAUGACCUGCAAAGUUGUAGAUGUUGGAUUUUCUAGCGGAAUUCGUGCCAUGAGAAUACCAGUGAGCGGAAUCGAUUCUUUCACGCUACAUAUUCCGACAGAGAACACGCUGCACAUUUAUGAGGCGUUGAAGGAGGCAGGAAUAAAACAUGGUAUUAAGGAUGGAGGUCAUUAUGUCCUUAAACAUCUUCGUCUUGAGAAUAAAAUCGCUUCUCAGGAGGAUGACAUUUCAUCAUUGACAACGCCGUUGGAAUGUGGAAAGGUUGCCAUUGUCAGUUUUGAGAAAACUAGUUCAUUCCUCGGCAAAGAGGCACUGAAACAGCAGAAAAGGAAUGGGAUAAGCAGUCGUAUUGUCCAUUUGACAUUAAAUGACUUUAACAUUGACUGUGACACUUGGCCGAGGGGUGGCGAACCCGUAUACCGGAAUGGUCAGUGUGUAGGGUCAACGUCUUCGUGCGGGUUCAACUUUGACCAUAGAAAGUUAAAUUGUUUAGGUUACGUAAAUGUCGAUUCAACACAAAAUGCUGGACAUAAUUACAUUUACGAACUCGCCAUCGGUACAAAAAAGUACAACAUUGAUGUGAAAGUGUAACUCAAAUAUCAGUGGUGCGGAAAGCAAAUCAAACAAACAUGGCCAGAGAGCUUAACUCUAUACUUUAGUUCAAAAACUUGUAAGGUGACAUGGAACAAUGCGAUGAUAAGUGGAAUUUACCGCCCUUUUAUUCUCGAAACCAAUGACAGCUACAUGUAUACAUAUCACGUGUUUAAAUGGGUCCAUAUUUCAAUUCGAUAUUAUCUUGAUAAUCAUUAUAAUUUAUGCUUAAAUAUGUAUGUAGCUUACGAAAAAUAUGUGUUUAAUUAUAGUAGUAAAAUGGAGAGUCGACUGUGGAUCAAAUUAUUUUUACUUUUUUCGAGGAAAUCAUUUCUAAAUAAAAGUU